ACAUCACUAAAUCUUAUAUAUCAACACUUAUCUUCACUUGGAUCAUCUUAGUUUUCUCCCAAAACCCAAAAAUGAGCAAACUUCAUCUCACCCUCUUCCUCUUCAUCACCAUUAUUCUCACCCACCAAUGUGUCAAAGAUGCCUCAGCCGCCUGCCACGUGGACGACGAAUCGGCUCUACUGAGCUUCAAAUCCGGCAUCACAGUUGAUCCUUCAGGCAUGCUCAGCUCUUGGAAAAAAGGUACUGACUAUUGCUCUUGGCCGGGUAUUAACUGUCGGGUCAACAAUCGAGUCACGGAGCUUUCGUUAGUGGGUCAACCCGAUCAACCCAAAAGCUUCUUAUCUGGUACAAUCUCACCAUCUCUUGCAAAGCUCAGAUUUUUAAGCGGCCUUUACCUUCAAGAUCUUCGAAAUCUCACGGCUCCAUUUUCGGGUCUGCUUUUUCAGCUACCCAACAUAGAUUUUGUCUACAUUGAGAACAACAGGCUUUCGGGUUGGAUACCCGAAAACAUUGGGGAUUUAGCCCGUUUAGGUGCCCUUAGCUUAUACGGGAAUCGAUUCACUGGAACGAUUCCGAGUUCAAUUUCGAAGUUGACUCAGUUAACUCAGCUCAAACUCGGUGGGAAUCUCUUCACUGGGUCUUUCCCAACUGUGAUCCAAAACCUAAAAAACCUAACUUGAUUGUAUUUAGAUCGAAACCAGUUUUUGGGUCCUUUACCAGAAAUUUUCAGGUCAUUUUCAGAGCUUAGGUUUCUCAAUCUUUCUCACAACAAAUUUUCCGGGAAAAUGCCAAAUUCAAUCUCGACCUUGUACCCAAAACUAACUUUCCUAGAGCUAAACCACAAUCUUUUCACUGGGAAAAUCCCAGAUUUUCUAGGAAAAUUCAAGGUGUAAAAGAACACAGAGAGAAAAGAAUGUUGGAAUUUAUUUUACCAGGAUCUUAGAUCUACUCACAAGUAUGUUUAUGAACACCCUAAAUAUGAACUUUCUAAAACGAUGAAAUAAACACGUAUAAAGUUUAAGAACCUUACAUUGGGUGCAGCAGAAUUAAAUGACUCCUUCCGUUCAGAUCUCUAACCCUUGUAUCCUUUCUGUAGCAGAGUAUUAUCAAGAUCUGAACUUGGAUCUCUUUCUCUGGAUCUUUGAUGCUGAAACUCCUUUGCUGAUGAUCUUUCUUCACGAUCUUCCUCACUAUGAUUGAGGUAUUACUUGUUGUGUGUGGGCACUACUCUAAUCACUAAGGUAAGUUCGAAAUAUGAAGGAAGAAGAGAGAGAGCGGGUGGCGGCCAAGGAAGAGAGAGAAGGCUCAGGUUUUUCUGAUUCAGAAGUGUAAUUUUCCUGAAGCCUUCAGUAUCUAUUUAUAGCAUUCCACUAGGGUUAUGUUUGAAUUAUUUGGCAUUAAAAUAAUGAAAAUAUCAGUUUAAAAUGCCUAUAAAAGUGGCCGGCCAUGGCUUGAUGGAUUUGGGCCUUGCUUUUUGUAAUUUUGCAAUUUUAACACUUUUGUAUCUGAUUUUCUCAAAAAUGCUAAUUUUCUAAUUCAACCAUUUAAAUGCCAAUUCUAACUAUUUAAUAACUAUAAAUAAUUAUUAAAUAAUAUUGUCAUUUAUCAUAUUUAUUAAUUGAACCGUACAAAGUAUCAUAAUUAACAAAUAUGCCCCUAUAAACUCUUUCUUUACAAUUUCGCC